UUGCCUUACCUGAAAGGAUAACACAUAACAGCUAACUUUGACUCUCGCAGCCUUCGAGUAGCGUAUUCGAAGAACCGUGGUCAUGGUGGCUCUCUCAUCGAUUGUAACGCCACUUGCCCGGCAUCUGCAAAGACAUAUCAUCAAGCAAACUAAAGGUCAACGGUUGAUACCCGUGAGAAGAUGCAACCUCACUGCAUGUUCAAGCAAAUAUGUGCUUUCAGCAUGUAAGUGUCUAAACUUUAAAAGUACGGUAGCUUGCAUCAUAUUACAGUUGAAUUAUCAUAUUAGUUACAGUUGAAUUAGCUAGCUGUUCAUUUCAUAAGACUAGAACAGUACCAUUAUUGGUCAGUCCAGUUGUCAGCUGAGCUGACACGUUCUACACGAGAAAUAAGACUGUUUCAUUCUCUCAAGCAGCAGUAACAUAAAUGGCUACGUUAAAUUUUCAUCGACAUCCACUAUGGCUACAUUGCUAAAGGGUUAAUGGAGUGGUAUCAUCGCAAUGCGUGCACAAAGAAUACAUGGAAACCAAGGACUGGACUUUUGCAUGAGUGAGUCGGCGUUACAUUUUCAGGGUGAAUAAUAAUAAUAAUAAUAUGCCAUUUAGCAGACGCUUUUAUCCAAAGCGACUUACAGUCAUGCGUGCAUACAUUUUUUGUUGUUGUGUAUGAAUGAGUUCAUUCUAAGCUUCCGGCCGGGUACUGGUUUUGAUUGUACCUAUGGUGUGUACAUCCACAUGUCAAUAUGAUCGUAACUAUGAUCACAAUUUUGAUAUGUUCGUUUAUCAUUUAUUUUAUUUUUAUUUAUUUUUUAUUUUUUACUUGGCCUAUUUUACACUGCAUGUUUGGUGGUUUGUUUAUGGUCUGUCGUUGCGCAACACAUUCAUAAGGCCUGACCUUUCUCUCCAGAACCCAAGGCAUUAACAAGGCAUUCUGCAUUAUCCCAAGGGUUCUCAGCUAUAAGCACUGCUUACCGGUGGGAAUAUGUGAACUAAAAUCCCAGCGCUCUGUUUUAAUGUUUCGAACCGUGAAUCAUCCCUUGCGAUACGUUUUUUGAAACAUAGUUAAUUUAUUUCAUACUGUAUAAGCGAGAAAUAAUAUAAAAAUAAUAAUUUCACAUACUGUAACAGAUUUGCACAGAUCCAUAUGGCUAUCUGUGCAUCCAGCCGACGAACUACACGUCCUCCCCAGUUAUGCUUAGCACAGGUGGUCGCCUCUGUCUUCCCUAAACAAGGACUGUAACAAAGGUGUUCGAUGGGAUUGAGGUCAGGGUUCUGUGCAGGCCAGUCAAGUUCUUCCACACCUAUCUCGACAAACCAUUUCUGUAUGGACCUCACUUUGUGCACGGUGGCAUUGUCAUGCUGAAACAGGAAAAGCCCUUCCCCAAACUGUUGCCACAAAGUUGGAAGCACAGAAUCGUCUACAUUGUCAUUGUAUGCUGUAGCGUUAAGAUUUCCCUUCACUGGAACUAAGGGGCCUAGCCCGAACCAUGAAAAACAGCCCCAGACCAUUAUUCCUCCUCACCAAACUUUACAGUUGGCACUAUGUAUUGGGGCAGGUAGGGUUCUCCUGGCAUUCCCAAACCCAGAUUUGUCCGUCGGACUGCCAGAUGGAAGCGUGAUUCAUCACUCCAGAGAACGCGUUUCCACUGCUCCAGAGUCCAAUGGCCAAGCUUUACACCACUCCAGCCAACGCUUGGCAUUGCACAUGGUGAUCUUAUGCUUGUGUGCGGCUGCUCAGCCAUGGAAACCCAUUUCAUGAAGCUCCCCUGACGAACAGUUCUUGUGCUGACGUUGUUUCCAGAUGCAGUUUGGUACUCGGUAGUGAGUGUUGCAACUGAGGACAGACGAUAUUUACGCACUAUGCGUUUCAGCACUCAGUUGUCCUGUUCUGUGAGCUUGUGUGGCCUACCACUUCACGACUGAGCCGUUGUUGCUCCUAGACGUUUCCUCUUCACAAUAACAGCACUUACAGUUGACCGGGGCAGCUCUAGCAGGGCUUAAAUUAUACAUCUGUCAGCAACGGGUGUGGCUGAAAUAGCCAAAUCCACUCAUUUGAAGGGGUGUCCACAUACAUUUGGCCAUGUAGUGUACCUUCAUGAAUAGCUAGCAGAUUGUAACGAGCUAAUGUGAUGAUCCAUUAGUCGUUACAGGAUAGGUACUGUUUGGCGUAGCACAGAGAAUUUGACCAACCUUAACUUGCCGAUACUAUCUUCGUCCUCGAUUCGGCCAAACGUAUCUUCUAAUAUGUCUGUGUUCAGAUGCAGGUGGUUUGUUUGAAUUUAGAAAAUGCUAGUAAGAAUAGGACAGUAGCAAAAUGGGUAAUUGAAAAUAAAUUUUCCAAAGGACCUUUGUACAGAUAGAGGCUAAGCAUUCACAGUCCCAUUGACAGAUCUGAUUGAAGUGGUGCCGGAGAAGAUGGCUGCAGUUUUACAGCCCUCUAACCAAUUCAAAUCAAAUUUUUAUUGGUCACAUGCGCCGAAUACAACAGGUGCAGACAUUGCAGUGAAAUGCUUACUUACAGCCCUUAACCAACAGUGCAUUUAUUCUGUACCUAAUGUUUUUGCCACUGUCUCUUAUGACCAAAAAGAGCUUCUGGAUAUCAGGACAGCGAUUACUCACCUCGUAUUGGACAAAUAUUUUUUCUUCGUCCAACAGACACAGACACCCGACAAGGCCCAAAUCCCCGUCAUUCGCAGGAGAAAGAGACAGAGAUAUCGUGGACGUAGGUCGGGGUGCCAUGUAAGGAUCUGACGGCGAACGAGUAAACUGCCUCUUCCAUCAAUCCUAUUAGCCAAUGUUCAAUCAUUUGAGAACAAAUUGGACGACCUAAGAUUAUGGUUAUCCUACCAACUGUAAUAUCUUAUGUUUCACCGAGUCGUGGCAGAACGACGACAUGGACAACAUACAGCUGACGGGAUAUACGCUACAUCGGCAGGAUAGAACGGCUGACUCCGGUAAGACAAGGGGUGGCGGUCUGUGUUUAUUUUUAAACAGCAGCUGGUGCACAAAAUCUAAUACUAAGGAAGUCUCAAGGUUUUGCUCGCCUGAGGUAGAGUAUCUCAUGAUAACAUUUACAUUUACAUUUACAUUUACGUCAUUUAGCAGACGCUCUUAUCCAGAGCGACUUACAGUUAGUGAGUGCACACAUUAUUUAUUUUUCAUACUGGCCCCCCGCGGGAAUCGAACCCACAACCCUGGCGUUGCAAACACCAUGCUCUACCAACAUCCUUGCCAGCCAUUCCCUCCCCUACCCUGGACGACGCUGGGCCAAUUGUGCGCCGCCCCAUGGGUAAGCUGUAGACCACACUAUUUACCAAGAGACUUUUCAUCUAUAUUUUUCGUAGCUGUUUAUUUACCACCACAAACCGAUGCUGGCAUUAAGAUUGCACUCAAUGAGCUUUAUAAGGCCAUAAGCAAACAGGAAAACGCUCAUCUAGAGGCAGCGCUCCUAGUGGCCGGGGACUUUAAUGCAGGGAAACAUAAAUCCAUUCUACCUAAUUUCUACCAGCAUGUUAAAUGUGCAACCAGAGGAAAAAAAACUCUAGACCACCUUUACUCCACACACAGAGACGCAUACAAAGCUCUUCCUCGCCCUCCAUUUGGCAAAUCUGACCAUAACUCUAUCCUCCUGAUUCCUGCUUAUAAGCAAAAACUAAAGCAGGAAGCAUCAGUGACUCGGUUAAUAAAAAAAGUGGUCAGAUGACGCAGAUGCUAAGCUAUAGGACUGUUUUGCUAGCACAGACUGGAAUAUGUUCCGGGAUUCUUCAGAUAGCAUUGAGGAGUACACCACAUCAGUCACUGGCUUCAUCAACAAGUGCAUCGAUGACGUCGUCCCCACAGUGACUGUAUGUACAUACCCCAACCAGAAGCCAUGAAUUACAGGCAACAUCCGCAUUGAGCUAAAGGGUAGAGCUGCCGCUUUGCCCUCCGACAAACCAUCAAAGAGUCAAUACCGGACUAAGAUUGAAUUGUACUACACCGGCUCUGACACUCGUCGGAUGUGGCAGGGCUUGAAAACUAUUAGACUACAAAAGGAAGCACAGCCGCGAGCUGCCCAGUGACACAAGCCUACCAGACGAGCUAAAUCACUUCUAUGCUCGCUUCGAGGCAAGCAACACUGAAGCAUGCACGAGAGCACCAGCUGUUCCGGAUGACAAUGUGAUCACGCUCUCCGUAGCCGACGUGAGUAAGACUUUUAAGCAGAUCAACAUUCACAAGGCCGCAGGGCCAGACGGAUUACCAGGACGUGUACUCCGAGCAUGUGCUGACCAACUGGCAAGUGUCUUCACUGACAUUUUCAACAUGUCCCUGACUGAGUCUGUAAUACCAACAUGUUUCAAGCAGACCACCAUAGUCCCUGUGCCCAAGGACACUAAGAUAACCUGCCUAAAUGACUACCGACCCGUAGCACUCACGUCUGUAGCCAUGAAGUGCUUUGAAAGGCUGGUCAUGGCUCACAUCAACACCAUUAUCCCAGAAACCCUAGACCCACUCCAAUUUGCAUACUGCCCCAACAGAUCCACAGAUGAUGCAAUCUCUAUUGCACUCAACACUGCCCUUUCCCACCUGGACAAGAGGAACACCUACGUGAGAAUGCUGUUCAUUGACUACAGCUCAGCGUUCACCAUAGUGCCCUCAAAGCUCAUCACUAAGCUAAGGAUCCUGGGACUAAACACCUCCCUCUGCAACUGGGUCCUGGACUUCCUGACGGGCCGCCCCCAGGUGGUAAGGGUAGGUAACAACACAUCUGCCAUGCUGAUCCUCAACACGGGGGCCCCUCAGGGGUGCGUGCUCAGUCCCCUCCUGUAUUCCCUGUUCAGCCAUGACUGCAUGGCCAGGCACGACUCAAACACCAUCAUUAAGUUUGCUGACGACACAACAGUGGUAGGCCUGAUCACCGACAACAAUGAGACAGCCUUUAGGGAGGAGGUUCGAGACCUGGCCAAGUGGUGCCAGGAUAACAACCUCUCCCUCAACGUGAUCAAGACAAAGGAGAUGAUUGUGUACUACAGGAAAAAAAAAAAAAGAGGACUGAGCACGCCCCCAUUCUCAUCGACGGGGCUGUAGUGGAACAGGUUGAGAGCUUCAAGUUCCUUGGUGUCCACAUCACCAACAAACUAUCAUUGUCCAAACACACCAAGACAGUUGUGAAGAGGGCACGACAAAGCCUAUUCCCCCUCAGGAGACUGAAAAGAUUUGGCAUGGGUCCUCAGAUCCUCAAAAAACAGCUGCACCAUCGAGAGCAUCCUGACUGGUUGCUUCACCGCCUGGUAUGGCAACUGCUCGGCCUACGACCGCAAGGCACUACAGAGGGUAGUGCGUACGGCCCAGUACAUCACUGGGGCCAAGCUUCCUGCAAUCCAGGACCUCUAUACCAGGCGGUGUCAGAGGAAGGCCCUCAAAAUUGUCAAAGACUCCAGCCACCCUAGUCAUAGACUGUUCUCUCUGCUACUGCAUGGCAAGCGGUACCGGAGCGCCAAGUCUAGGUCCAAAAGGCUUCUCAACAGCUUCAACCCCCAAGCCAUAAGACUCCUGAACAGCUAAUCAUUGCUACUUGGACUAUUUGCACUGCCCCCCACCCCCACUCCCCUCUUUUACGCUGCUGCUACUCUGUCUAUUAUUUAUGCAUAGUCACUUUAUGCAUAGCCACUUUAACUUACCUCAAUUACCUCGACUAGCCGGUGCCCCCGCACAUUGACUCUGCACCGGUACCACCCUGUAUAUAGCCUCCCUACUGUUAUUUUAUUUUACUGCUGCUCUUUAGUUAUUUAAUUUUUAAUUUUUUUACUUAACACUUAAAAAAAAAAAAACUUUAAAAAAUGCAUUGUUGGUUAAGGGCUUGUAAGUAAGCAUUUCACUGUAAUGUCUACACCUGUUGUAUUCGGCGCAUGUGGCAAAUACAAUUUGAUUUGUCAGUGACUGAUGUAAAUUGCAUCGUAGGCAGUUAUUGUUUUGCAGCCCAAUGGCAAAACGAGGAAGUCGUAGUAGAUUCCUUGAAAUGCCAGAAGCUGCAUAUCUAAAAUGUUCCAUUCAGAGCUGAACUAGUGUCUCCCUUUCCUGCUGUGGAGUAGACCUGGUGGGCUGCCAAUACAUUCCGCGAGUCAGUUUCUGUAGCCUACCCACAUUUUACUUAUUCUGUAAUUUCCUUUGAAUAGGAGUAAGAGAAGGAAGUGUCUCUUUUUCCUCCUCCUGCUUUGCUCAUUUCUUUAAACGGAAUCUACGGAGGAGGUUUAGACUACUGGUCUCACUCUAACUUUUCAGAAUUGCUUGUCUACUUUGAGACAUUUUAUCUUAUUUUAUUUGGGAAUUUGACUAUUAUAGCUGAUUAAUAAUGCUGGAAGCUGGAGAGUACACUAUGAAAAGUAAGUGUCAGCAUUUGUUUUAGUAGGCUAAGCAAUAGGACCUAAUGUGAUUUACUGAAGACAAGCUUUGUCGUUUUAAAUUUUACUGUCAGACAAGAUUUAAAUCCCCUCUCCUCUCUCAUGCUUUGACUCCAGUGCAUCCGAUGUGGCAGGGACCACUCGUUGCUCCUGGGGGCAACAGACAAUCUCCUAUCGAUAUUCGGGUGCGAAAGAGCGUCUUUGAUCCGCAUCUCAAGCCGCUGACCCCGGAUUACGACCCCAGGACUUGUUCACAGAUAUGGAACAACGGGUACUCAUUCCUGGUUGAGUACGAUGACACCACCGACAAAUCGAGUAAGCACUUUCAGUUCUGCCACGUGACCUCCUGAUUGAAACCCGCAAUGCCUGCCACGUGGAAUGUGACUUUGAUUUAAAUUUUUAAGUAUUCCUGCCCUAGGAUUAUUUCUCAACAUCAUGGUCUUGAAACUUGUUUAAACAUAGUCUAAUUACUCUAAAUUUCAAACAAUUAUUAUUUCAGAAAUGAAUAUUUUGUUAACCGCUAAACUUUACAUAAAUAUUUUAAUGCCAAGAAUACAGUAGGCUAGUUAUUCUGUAAUUUAAUUCUUAGUUCUGCUUUUUAAUGUGUGUUUGUGUGAGAAGAGGAUACUUGUUAUGUUUUAACAACUAUGUUUAUAACUCCCCACUCAGCUGUUGUGUGUAUUAGUUACUGUUUCUUCUCAUUAUUGCAUGUGUCGCAAUCACAACAUUGAUGAGUGGUCGAUUUCUUCUCGUCUAUCCCCCUCUCAGCACUUAAAGGGGGUCCUCUGGAGGAUAACUUUCGGCUGUGUCAGUUCCACUUCCAUUGGGGGGAGAGCAACGCAUGGGGCUCUGAGCACACAGUGGACCGCCGCCUCUUCCCUGCUGAGGUAGCUACCGCACAUCCUCUUCCUUAACAGAGUGUCUGUAUUUAAAUGUUACGUUUGUUGAAUGCCUCUAGCUAUGAUACAGUAAGAACUUCCUGACAUGUCAAGUCUAAUAGAGCCAUAGUCCUCAGGAGACUGUGGCAUGGAACGGUAGGUAGUAGGUUAGUCAUCAAGUCAAUGCUGAUGUCCUAGCCAAUCCAUAAUGACAUUGGCAUGCAAUUUCCGUGACAGAGGGGGAUUGUGCUGUUGGAUAGCUCUACAUAUAGAAGCAGAAUGCUCUGUGUGAAAUGCAUUCUGUUCUAUCCUUAAGGCCCACCUUUGAUGUGUGAUCUAUUUUCAUAUUGUUCCACUCACCUAAAGCAUACUUAUGCAAUAGAGGGAGUACUACUGUAUGUCUGGGGGAGGGUGCCAUGCCAAGCUGGCAUUAGUGGCUGUGAGAAUCUGACCAUGUCAGGGUUCUCAACACUCCCCAGGUGCAGUGUGUGUAGAGCGGCUCAAGUUACGAUUACAACACACAACUCACUCUGUGUGCCUAAUAGGAGCACACCACAGUCUGGGUAACAGAGGUAAUGGAUCCUCCUCAGUUUACUUAUUGGGUUGUACUGCGCUUUGGGUAGGGUUGGGCCAUCGUGUGAAUAUGGGUAGGGUUGGUCCAUCGUGUGAAUAUGGGUAGUGUUGGCCAUUGUUGGAACCUCAAAUGGAGUAAAACAGAGAGCAGCUGCAUGUGACCUCAGGGUCAGACAAUGCUCAGUUUGGUUUAAUAGAUAAACCGUCUGUUCAGGAUGGAGAAUCUGGGGAUUUUGGGGUGGAUUUUCACAUUCAGAAUCAGAUUUUUUUAGAGUUUUGAUUAUUGAUUGUUCUACCACAGAGUUUUGACCGUUGUUUAUCUUGAGAAUGAUAUUAAAGAUGAUUGAUAUUAAUAAUUAUCCAGCAGCAAAUAUAAUCUGUGACACAUUGCAAUUGAAUUCUCUGGGUGUCUGGAUAAAUACGUUCUAAUUAACGUAUUUGUCGCCUUUUCUGUUAAUAGCUCCACAUGGUGCACUGGAACUCUGAUAAGUAUAGCCGGUUUGAGGAGGCGGUGAUGGAGGAGAAUGGACUGGCUGUUAUUGGGGUCUUCCUCAAGGUAACUUAUUGCUCCUUGUUAACAUAGCGAUGCAUCCCUACCACAUGCAACCCACCACCAUCAAAUUGUAUUUGUCACAUGCACCGAAUACAACAGGUGUAGACCUUAGCGUGAAAUGCUUACUUACAAGCCCUAAACCAACAAUGCAGUUCAAGAAAUAGAGUUAAGAAAAUAUUUACUAAAUAAAGGUUAAAAAAAUAAAAAUCUAAAGUAACACAAGAAAAUUACAUAACAAUAAUGAGGCUAUAUACAGGGGGUACCAGUACCGAGUCAAUGUACAGGUUAGUUGAGGUAAUUUGUUAAGUGACUAUGCAUAGAUAAUAAACAGCGAGUAGCUAAAUGGCAUAUUAUAUUAUAUUAUUAUUAUUAUUAUUAUUAUUAUUAUAUUAUAUAGCAGCAGUGUAAAAACAACGGGGUGGGGGGUGUCAAUGUAAAUAGUCUGGGUGGCCAUUUGAUUAAUUGUUCAGCAGUCUUAUGGCUUGGGGGUAGAAGCUGUUAAGGUGCCUUUUGGUCCUAGACUUGGCGCUCCGGUACCGCUUGCCGUGAAGUAGCAGAGAGAACAGUCUAUGACUUGGGUGAUUGGAGUCUUUGACCAUUUUUUGGGCCUUCCUCUGACAACGCCAAGUAUAUACAGUUGAAGUCGGAAGUUUACAUACACCUUAGCCAAAUACAUUUAAACUCAGUUUUUCACAAUUCCUGACAUUUAAUCCUAGUAAAAAUUCCCUGUCUUAGGUCAGUUAGGAUCACCACUUUUAUUUUAAGAAUGUGAAAUGUCAGAAUAAUAGUAGAGAGAAUGAUUUAUUUCAGCUUGUAUUUCUUUCAUCACAUUCCCAGAGGGUCAGACGUUUACAUACACUCAAUUAGUAUUUGGUAGCAUUGCCUUUAAAUUGUUUAACUUUGGUCAAACGUUUCGGGUAGCCUUCCACAAGCUUCCCACAAUAAGUUGGGUGAACUUUGGCCAUUCCUCCUGACAGAGCUGGUGUAACUGAGUCAGGUUUAUAGGCCUCCUUGCUCGCACACGCUUUUUCAAUUCUGCCCACACAUUUUCUAUAGGAUUGAGGUCAGGGCUUUGUGAUGGCCACUCCAAUACCUUGACUUUGUUGUCUUUAAGCCACAACUUUGGAAGUAGGCUUGGGGUCAUUGUCCAUUUGGAAGACCCAUUUGCGACAAAGCUUUAACUUCCUGACUGAUGUCUUGAGAUGUUGCUUCAAUAUAUCCACAUAAUUUUCCUUCCUCAUGAUGCCAUCUAUUUUGUGAAGUGCACCAGUCCCUCCUGCAGCAAAGCACCCCCACAGCAUGAUGCUGCCACCCUAGUGCUUAACGGUUGGGAUGGUGUUCUUUGGCUUGCAAGCUACCCCUUUUUCUUCCAAACAUAACAAUGGUCAUUAUGGGCAAACAGUUCUAUUUUUGUUUCAUCAGACCAGAGGACAUUUCUUUGUCCCCAUGUGCAGUUCCAAACCAUAGUCUGGCUUUUUUAUGGCGGUUUUGGAGCAGUGGAUUCUUCCUUGCUGAGCGGCCUUUCAGGUUAUAUCAAUAUAGGACUCGUUUUACUGUGGAUAUAAAUACUUUUGUACCUGUUUCUCCAGCAUCUUCACAAGGUCCUUUGCUGUUGUUCUGGGUUUGAUUUGCACUUUUCGCACCAAAGUACGUUAAUCUCUAGGAGACAGAACGGGUCUACUUCCUGAGCGGUAUGAUGGCUGCGUGGUCCCAUGGUGUUUAUACUUGCGUACUAUUGUUUGUACAGAUGAACGUGGUACCUUCAGGCGUUUGGAAAUUGAUCCCAAGGAUAAAACAGACUUGUGGAGGUCUACAAUUCUUUUUCUGAGGUCUUGGCUGAUUUCUUUUGAUUUUCCCAUGAUGUCAAGCAAAGAGGCACUGAGUUUGAAGGUAGGCCUUGAAAUACAUCCACAGGUACACUUCCAAUUGACUCAAAUAAUGUCAAUUAGCCUAUUUUUUCUGGAAUUUUCCAAAGCUGUUUAAAGGCACAGUCAACUUAGUGUAUGUAAACUUCUGACCCACUGGAAUUGUGAUACAGUGAAAUAAUCUGUCUGUAAACAAUUGUUGGAAAAAUUACUUGUGUCAUGCACGAAGUAGAUGUCCUAACCGACUUGCCAAAACUAUAGUUUGUUAACAAGAAAUUUGUGGAGUGGUUGAAAAACAAGUUUUAAUGACUCCAACCUAAGUGUAUGUAAACUUUCGACUUCAACUGUAGGUCCUGGAUGUCAGGAAGCUUGGCCGCAGUGAUGUACUGAGUCGUACGCACUACCCUCUGUAGCGCCUUACGGUCAGAUACCGAGCAGUUGCCAUACCAGGCGGUGAUGCAACCGGUCAGGAUGCUCUCGAUGGUGCAGCUGUAUAACCUUUUGAGGAUCUGGGGACCCAUGCCAAAUCUUUUCAGUCUGCUGAGGGGGAAAAGGUGUUGUCGUGCCCUCUUCACAACUGUCUUGGUGUGUUUGGACCAUGAUAGUUCGUUGAUGAUGUGGACCCCAAGGAACUUGAAACUCUCGACCCGCUCCACUUCAGCCCUGUCAAUGUUAAUGGGGGCCUGUUCGGCCCUCCUUUUCCUAUAGUCUACGAUCAGCUCCUUUGUCUUGCUCACAUUGAGGGAGAGGUUGUUGUCUUGGCACCACACUGCCAGGUCUUUGACCUCCUCCCUAUAGGCUGUCUCAUCGUUGUCGGUGAUCAGGCCUAUCACUGUUGUGUUGUCAGCAAACUUAAUGAUGGUGUUGGAGUCGUGCUUGGCCACACAUUUGUGGGUGAACGGGGAAUACAGGAGGGGACUAAGCACGCACCCCCGAGGGGCCCCAGUGUUGAGGAUCAGCGUAGCAGAUGUGUUGUUGCCUACCCUUACCACCUCGGGGCGGCCUGUCAGGAAGUCCAGGAUCCAGUUGCAGAGGCAGGUGUUUAGUCCCAGGGUCCUUAGCUUAGUGAUGAGCUUUGUGGGCACUAUGGUGUUGACUGCUGAGCUGUAGUCAAUUAACAGUAUUCUCACAUAGGUGUUCCUUUUGUCCAGGUGGGAAAGGUCAGUGUGGAGUGCGAUUGAGAUUGCAUCAUCUGUGGAUCUGUUGGGGCAGUAUGUGAUUUGAAGUGGGUCAAGGGUUUAUGGCAUGAUGGUGUUGAUGUGAGCCAUGACCAGCCUUUCAAAGCACUUCAUGGCUAUUGACGUGAGUGCUACGGGGCGGUAAUCAUUUAGGCAGGUUACCUUCGCUUUCUUGGGCACAGGGACUAUGGUGGUCUGUUUGAAACAUGUAGGUAUUACAGACUCGGUCAGGGAGAGGUUGAACAUUUCAGAGAAGACACUUGCCAGUUGGUCUGCGCAUGCUUUGAGUACAUGUCCUGGUAAUCCGGCUGGCCCCGCGGCUUUGCGUAGCAUCCGUGUCAUCUGACCACUUCCGUAUUGAGCGAGUAACUGGUACUUCCUGCUUUAGUUUUUGAUUGUAAGCAGGAAUCAGGAGGAUAGAAUGAUGGUCAGAUUUGCCAAAUGGAGGACGAGGGAGAGCUUUGUAAGCGUCUCUGUGUGUGGAGUAAAGGUGGUCUAGAGUUUAUUUCCCCUCUGGUUGCACAUGUAACAUGCUGGUAGAAAUGAGGUAAAACUGAUUUAAAUUUGCCUGCAUUAAAGUCCCCGGCCACUAGGAGCGCCGCUUCUGGAUGAGCAUUUUCUUGUUUCCUUCUUGGCCUUAGACAGCUCGUUGAGUGCAGUUUUAGUGCCAGCAUCGGUUUGUGGCGGUAAAUAGACGGCUACGAAUAAUAUAGAUGAGAACUCUCUUGGUAGAUAGUGUGGUCUACAGCUUAUCAUGAGGUAUUCUACCUCAGGCGAGCAAUACCUUGAGACUUCUUUAAUAUUAGACAUUGCACCAGCAGUUACUGACAAAUAGACCCCCCCCCCCCUCGUCUUACCAGACGUAGCUGCUCUGUCCUGCCGAUGCAUGGAGAAGCCAGCCAGUUCUAUAUUAUCCGUGUCGUCAUUCAGCCACAUCUCGGUGAAACAGAAGAUAUUACAGUUUUUAAUGUCCCGUUGGUAGGAUAGUCUUAAUCGUAGAUCGUCCAGUUUGUUUUCCAAUGAUUGCACGUUGGCCAAUAAUACGGAGGGUAGUUGUGGUUUACCUACUCGUCGACUAAUUCUUACAAGGCACCCCGCCCUCCUCCCCCUUUUCCUCCGUCUUUUCUUCACGCGGAUGACUGGGAUUUGGGCCUUGUCUCAACAAAGUAGUAUAUCCUUUGCGUCGGACUCAUAUACACACUUGACCAUAUACACACCAUUUCAAGAUUUACUGACAUUGAAAUGUAAACACCACAUGCAGUGAAUGUAAACACACGGCACAUGCCUGACAGAAGGACUCAGUGCUCAGACAGAUUAUUUUCCUCCUCAGAUAGGGAAGAGACACGAGGGACUGCAGAAACUAGUGGAUGUCCUACCUGCUGUCAGACACAAGGUGAGUUCAAUGAUUUACCACUUAAACCAUGCAGGUGAGCUUGUUACCAAAGUUUCAGAGAGAACAUUUCAACCAGGUGUUAUAUGUCGCUGAGUUUCUGAGAAGGCCGCCCAAAGCUUAAGAACAUAUGGUCAAUGUGCUGUACGACUCAGUUAGGUGUUCUAGACAAGCCUCUCUCCGGUGGAGCCCACAUGACAUUUAUAUGUCAAUUGGAGUGCGAAUUACACCAUGACAUUCGGGAGUGUCUAUCAAAUUUAUCGGCCUAAUAAUAAAGACGUAAUUUAAACGGUAAAAAAUUAUUACCUUUAAUGUGGCAUGAACACAACCAGUCAUAUUUUCAUCUGAUUGCUAAACAAAUCACCUCAAAAAGUAGGCAUGUUCGUCCACUCCAUUUGAUGACUGUAAAUAGAUCUGUUACAAAACACCAAGAAGUGUGUCUAAUGACAUUCAGGGAUUUGCCAUUGAUUAGGCUUACAUUAAUUGAUGCGUCUUGCUGACAAAUUGACCUUUUUUGUAGCCUGAAAAGUCGGGACACCUGAAAUGGGGCUGAAACUGUCCCGGGAAAAAGGGGAUGGUCACCCUAACACACAUGGUCAAUUUACUAGACUAGGCUACAAUGUGUAUUAGCAUGAAUUUCAAAUAGGCCAGUGAUGUAGUGUUUUAAAAAAAAUGUUGGGUAAACUCUGAUUGCCGGUCGUGAUGAAAAAGUAACGCUCCCUAUGCUUUGAGUGCAUAAAAAAAAAAGUGGGUAAACAACAACGUUUACCCUCCACUAGGCCUACACACUGCCGGUAGCCUACCUUCUCAGCUGAGGCAAUUUUAAACACAUGAACACACGCAGAAUAGGUAGCCUACAUUCAAUAUAAUAAAUGAGUUGAAUCAAAACAUGUUUUGCAUGCUAGUUCAUGAAUUGUCCUUAAUGCUUGAAGUCUUCACAGAUCAUGUGACAUAAAACACUACAUUUCUUUCCUUAUGUUAAUUACAUUUAUGACAGUGUUAUUUGUCAUUUAUGAAGUAUUUAACAAUUGAAUUAGAAUAUUGAACUUAAACUCUGUACAAAUCAUGGAUCUUGGGGAUCUCGGAAAAUCCACUGCAAGUGUAACUAUGCCUACGUAACAUUUCAUUAUGUUUCGCCGUGAAAACAGUUCUCAUGGGCACACAAAUCCAAAAUUAUAUAGGUCUAUGCCAUUGCAAAAUCUAAUGCUUCUAACCGAAAUGGUCAACUACUGUCAUUAAGCUAUACUUGUUGGAUGCACAUUGGUGUCUAGCUGUAGGCUAGUUGUCUAGUGAUAUUGUUGACCAUCAGGUUAUCCAGUAAAGAAAACGAAUAUUGAUAGAAAAUAAUUAAGCUAAAUAAAUGGUCUACUACUUCUGGCCACGGAUGGCACAUAGAACACCAGUACCGCGCACACCUAAGAGCAAUGAGCGCUUUAAACAGCUGACUGACAAAAGCAAACAAUGAUAAAUCAACAGAUAAAUCUAAUGCAUUGGAUAAAGGCUAUUUUUAUCAAGGACUCAUGGUGAAAAUGCUUAAAGGAGCUCGGCUGAAGCCGAAAUUCAGCACUAGCCCCCACCCCCCGAAGUUUGACUGAGUGUUGUAGGCUGGAACACCCUUUGUUACAUCGCACAGAAUUAUUACUGCAAAGGAACUUUCCUGAAAUACUGUAUGAUCAGAGAUGGGGAGACUGUCAACUUUAACUGCCCUCUAGUGGCCAUGAGUCAAAUUACAUGCCACUACUAUCAGGAAGGUUGUGGAUGGGAAAUGCCAAUAAUAAUAAUAAUAAAUAACUUGUGACAUGGUUGGUAGCACCAUGUAACCCUUUCCUCUUCCCCUUCUUGCUCCUUAGGACAGUGUUGUUGAGUUCACUAGGUUUGACCCAGCCUGCCUACUGCCCAGUAACAUUGAUGAUUACUGGACGUAUGCAGGGUCACUGACCACGCCUCCUCUGACCGAAGCAGUGACCUGGAUUAUCAUGAAGCAGCACAUCGAAGUCAGCCAUGACCAGGUUAGUGUGUGUGUGAAAGCAUGUGCGUGGUGAAAAGGGAAGGAAUGUUAGAACUACUCGUGGACUAAACCUUAGUGUUUUCACUUGGUAGUUCCAUGUCUGCAUAACAUUCUCUCCCUGUCCUGUCCCUUCCUCAGCUGGCUGUGUUUCGGAGUCUUCUCUUCACCUCAGCAGAGGAGGAGGUGCAGAAGAGCAUGGUCAACAACUUCCGUGUGCAGCAGUCGCUGCAGGGCCGCACUGUGCGUUCCUCGUUUACUCCCUUCCUGAAGGAGGAGCAACAUGCAAAGGGUCCACACACAGGCCACUGACCUUUACACACAGACUCACUCGGACCCUUCAAACCAAAAUAAUGCAAUACCCUGGGAAGCACAUUUUGGGGCUAACAAAGUCUUACGUUUGACUCUACAGAAGUCAUACUGCUGGCAUCUUCUUUCGAAACGCUUAUGCAUUCAGAAAGCACUCUGAUUUCACUUAGGUGCCAGGGAUUUUAUAAUUCCAAUGUCACCAUCUAAAAGCUUUUUUGUUGACCAUCCUUGGUACUAGACAUCGGUCUCACUGCCUGCUGUCCUGUCAAUAAGUGAAAGGCAUCAUCAACACAUGGCAGGUAUAUUGGUAUAGUCUAUGCUAACAGAUUUUUGAAUCCCCGGGUCUCUUAGGUGAAUCAGUAAUUCUUUUUAAGUUAAUGCUCUGAAUGUUUUUAAGUUGUAAACCUUUUUUAUUCAGUCCUUAUUAACAGUCACACUUGAAAUGCUUCCAGAAAUCAAUGAGGGAUGCUGCUGAAAUACAGGUAACUGUCAAAAUAAUGGAAACAUCAAUUGUCUCAAUAGGGCGUUGGGCCACCACGA